AUGACAAAUUUCUUUAAGGUAUGGACACUUUCAUCUUCUAAUCCUAUUGAAGAAACAGAAUAUGACAACUAUCUUAAUAAUCAAAGAUUAUUAUUUUUUAGAGCAUUAUUGGUUACUCUUAUGUUACCUUGCUUUUUUGGAAUGCUGGUAUUUAUAAUUCAAGAUUAAUCUGCAUAUUUGAGUAUUUUGUUGGCUGUUUUUUUCAUUAUGCACCUUAUAAUAUUGUUCUUUAGCCAGAAAUUUAAAAAUUGUUUAAAGCCUAUUAUUUCAAUUUUAUAUGUUAGUUAUGUGGCAGGAGGGGUAGCCCUAGCUUAUAUUGGAUUUUAAGUGUAAGAAUUUUAUUGAUUUUAAGUCCUCUUUAUAAUUUUGGUAUUACAUCCGGAGUACUGCACUCUUGUGUUUUGUAACAUAGCGAUAAUAGAAUGAAAGUAUUAUAUGUGCUAAUAACUAAUUGGAUAAUAAUAGGUUUCUUUGUUCCAUUUGAACUUGCAUAUAUUUAAUAUAUGGUUUGUUCAUUAUCGAUGUUUUUUUUAUUGGGCGUAUAGACAUAUAUAUAUGAAAGUAAUCGAAGAUCAUAAUUUUUUCUUAGCAAAUAAGUUGAAAUAUAAAAGUAAAAUUUGUGUAUAACUUAGAUCGAUUUUGUAUGAGUUUACAAAUGAUUCUUUAUUUUCUAUUAUGUAUGAUGAGAAUUCAAGAAGCUUUCAACUUUCGUUUGCUAAUAAGAAAUUUGAAUCUCUAUAUAAAACUGAUUUAAAUGAGAAUAAUGUAAAGGAAUUUUUAAGAAGCUAAUCAAUAAUAAAUCGAAAUAACUAAAGUUCAUAUCGAAGUUUAAAUAAAUAAAUACAUAAAACAAUAAAUUUAGAAGAAUAUCUCUUUGAAUUGAUUUAACAGAAGGAAGAUUAUUUCAACUAAGAUAGAUUCUAAAUUGAAACUAAUAAUGGAAAAGAAAAAUAUUUAAUUGACAUUUUGAAAUUUGAAAAUCAUUAAACUCAUUUCUUUCUCUCUAUUAGAGAAAAUUAAGCAAGACAUUAAAUUGAAAAAUACGAAAAUAAAAUAAAAUGUUUAAAUACGAUUUUUAUUUCUGUAAUUUUAAUAAUUUCGCAUAGAUUAGAAAGAUUAUAUAAAUAAAUACUAAAACUAAAAGAUAAUCUUCAAGAGAGUUCUGAUCUCAUUAAAGAAUAGCAAUGCAACAUCUAAUAUUCUCUAAUAUAUUUAAAAAAUUAUAUGAUUUUCUUAUAGAAAGAAAAAAUGUCAUUUUUAAGAUAAUAAUUUGACUAAUUUAAAGUACGAAAGUUAAUUGAAGCAUUGUCUGAAUACUUCCAUCAUUAUAGUAAAUUAUACCAUAAAUAAUUUUAAUUUGUUUACUUGAGCGAAGUAGACUUUUAAUCAAUAUUUUUAAGUACGAGAUUAUUAACUUAGCUUUUAAUCAAUAUUUUCAAUAAGAUUUUAACGAUAUCGGAUGAGAAGAGUUCUAUUUAAUUAUAAAUUGAUAGAAAACUAAUACAAUAUCAUUUGUUAAAUGCUACAAAUUAAACUAGCAAUUAAGAAAUUUACUUAAUGUAGUUUUCUUACAUUUUUGUACACAAAGAUCUUAUAGACAAUUUAGAAUUCUAAUUUUCUUAAUCAAUUAAUUUAGAUUGUCAACAAUCAUUUUAAAUUGAAUGUGUUGUGAAUUAAAUUAUUUUGAAGAUACUAAGCCCUUACAGCUCAAUCUAGAUUUCAUCCAUUUAUUAAGAAAAAUUAAAAAAUCACAGGACAACUUUGAUAUUUUAUAUAUAUACUGAUUAAACUCAAUUGGAUCCAUCUUUUACUAAAUAUGUUGAUUUAUAUAAACUUUGA